UCGUGUGUACAUAUAAAUGGCGGCGGACGAAAGAUGGUAUUUCACAAGGGAACAGCUUGCGAACACGCCGAGCAGAAAAUGCGGUGUCGACGGAGACAAGGAGUUGAGCUAUCGGCAGCAGGCGGCGAAUUUCAUCCAGGACAUGGGACAACGGCUUGUUGUAUCGCAAUUAUGCAUCAACACAGCUAUUGUCUACAUGCAUCGGUUCUUCGUGUUCCACUCGCUGACGCAUUUCCACAGGAAUUCUAUUGCAGUGGCAGCACUCUUUCUAGCGGCAAAGGUAGAGGAACAGCCAAGGAAAUUAGAACAUGUCAUCAAAAUGGCACAUAUGUGUCUCCACAGAGACUCAGCUCCACCUGAAACCAGGUCUGAGUCAUUUCUGGAGCAAGCGCAAGACCUGGUAUUUAAUGAGAAUGUCCUCCUGCAGACAUUAGGAUUCGAUGUUGCCAUUGAUCAUCCACAUACCCAUGUUGUUAGAUGUUGUCAACUAGUAAAAGCGAGCAAAGACUUAGCUCAGACUUCGUAUUUUAUGGCAUCUAACAGUCUCCAUUUAACUACUAUGUGUCUACAGUAUAAACCGACAGUUGUAGCCUGUUUUUGCAUACAUCUCGCAUGUAAAUGGUCCAAUUGGGAGAUACCGCAAAGUACGGAAGGGAGACAAUGGUUUUGGUACGUGGAUAGAACUGUAACUGGGGAUCUACUUCAAGAACUCACAGACGAAUUUCUUCAUAUAUUUGAUAAGUGUCCAUCGAGAUUAAAAAGAAAAAUUAUGAGCAUCUCCGCGAAUCAGAGCCCGAGCAUUCAUCAUCCGAGUCUCCCGAAUUCGCCAUUUGAUACCGAACCACGUCGCAUACAAUCUCCAGCAACAUUGGAUGGUGCCGCCGCCGCUGUUGUUGCUCAUUUGAAUCGUUCUCAUCAUGCGGCGGAAGGUGCCGCCGCUCAUUCGAGCCGCUCUCAUCAUGCAGUGGAAGGUGCCGCAAGUACUUCCGCUGCUGUCGCUGCCCAUUCAAGUCGCUCUCAUCAUGCGGCGGAGAGUGUCGCUUCUACCUCCACCGCCUCUGUUACUGCCCACUCGAGUCGCUCUCAUCAUACGACGGACGGCGCCGUUGCUCAUUCGAGUCGUUCUCAUCACGCAACAGACGCCACCGCUGCCCAUUCGAGUCGCUCUCAUCAUGGCAUGGAUAGCGCCGUCGCCGCCGCUACUGCUGCCGCUGCCCAUUCGAGUCGUUCUCAUCAACAGGAGAAGCAGGAUGAGAAGAAACCUAUUGCAGGACCAUUGAGAAUAUCAACCUCAGAAUAUCAUCGAGAUAUUCGCGAGAAAAAGGAGCGAGAACGUUUAGAGCGAGAGAAGGCAGCCAGUGCUAUUGGGUGCCAUAUCACCGAUCCUAACAAGCUCCACCAUUCGCACCAUCAUAAACCAGGGUCGAAUGCAAGUAUGCCGAGCAAACAUCAGAUGCCGUCUGUGCAAAAGAGCACUGGCCUUCAUCAUAAUCAUCAUCAUCGACCGGACAUGAAGACCAGUCAACCGGUGCAGAGACACUCGGCUAGCAAUCAACCUAAUCGCGAUCCGAACAGGCAACGAUUGCUGAGAGAGCAUGCCGGUACGGCCAGCACGAGCGCCGGUAUAGCACACUCCUCGCAUUCUCACGCCAAUUUAGAUAGUUCCUCGGCCGAAUCCGUGCCUCAUAGAUUGGACAGUGGUGCCGUGCAGGAUUCCGUAUCCUUGCACAGUGGUUUGCAGGAGAAGAUGAGUAAUAAUCACAGCGGACAUAGACUGAACGCGCUUGAUAACAAGCAUCAGGCGCAUGAUAAGAGGUUGUACCGAGGGGAAGAUCCAAGGCUCAAAUCGGCCAAGUACGCAGAUAUGAAUAGAAUUGAGAAUCGACGGAAAGCAGAAACGCUGGAGCAGAGAUCGGAGGAAGUGCGGAAGCUGAUCGAGAAGCCAUUGCCGCCGCCGAAGACGGACGCACCGUAUCUGAUAAAUGCGCAGCAGAAACAGCAGCCGCAUCAUACGAAGUACAAUCAGCAGGAGCAGAAAGGUAGCUCUUUCACGGGUGAAAUGAAGCAUAUGGCAACUGCUAGCCAAAAUGUGCUUCCGCAGGGCACAUCGCCAAGCGGUUCGUCAUCGCAGAAAUCCGCAUCCGUUAAGACACAGAUGUACAGUCAGCAUACUGCACAGGGAGUAUCCCAGAUUUUAAAAGACACUAUUAAAAACGGUAAUUCCCAAUCUUGUCUAAGCACAUUGAACAAUGCGGACGAUACUAAAUCGGACAAACGAUCGCGAUCGAUCGUUCAAGAGGAAUUUGCUGAGAGAAAUUUCGCCGAUGUGCAACAGGGCAAUCUGCAUACACCACCUGGCAAGCACAGAUCGCUGUUCAGCCCGGAGCCGCCAAUCGUGUCUAGAGACUCGCAUGCGCAAGGCGCAAGGCCUAAAUCGAAACAAAAGACGCCACCCUCCACAGCUGCGAAGCUAAAGGAACGCGUGUCACCGUUCGCGGGUUCUCCAACUCUGCAAGAUUCGCUAAAACGAUUGACCGCCAACGAUAGCGCGGUGCCUGCGCAUAAGAGAACCCGUGCGUCGAGUAUCACCGAGAGCGAACAGCCGAUGAAGAUACCGAAAGUAGAAAUCAAGACGGAAGAUACGACCAGUUUGGAGGCGAUGAAGAUGCUCGGUCGCGUGCCCGACUUGAUUCAACCGAUACGCGACAAUCCGUCGUCAUCGAACGGCAGAAAUAGCGCGUCGUCUGUCAUUAACGAUCUGAAACCACCGGAACUUAUCAAACCAUUCGAGUCGGAUCAGCUUCGUUUCAACACGAUGACGCAGCAUAAAAUUUCGUCGAUGAAUGUGACAGCACUGACUAAUGGUAUGGACCUCAAUAUAAUAAAACAAGAGGUUCCGGAACCUCGCUCGAAGAGAGAGUUUUUAGAGCAUUAUAUAAAGAAGGAACCAACGGGGCACAGAGCUCCAGAAGCAACGCACUCGCAGACGAAACUUGAGUACACGUCACCGAUGAAGUCUGCGCAGAGUAUAAGCGCGUUGCUCCAGGAGACACCGGCGCCGAUGCCGUCGCUGUUGCAGGGACUGCAACAGCCUAACCAAUUACCUACUCAGCAGGCGCAUCAGGAACAACUGCAUCACCAGCAGCAUCAGCUACAGUCCAUUCAGCAUUCGUUGAUGGAUCAUCAAUUACCAGUGACGACUCAUUGUUUGUCGAUAGUGAGCGAUAAUUUCACGCCGAUAGCUUCGACCGUCGAUAUCAGCGUUCUCUCGGAUGUGUCGAUGACGCUGCCAAGCAACAGCAGUAUGGUGGAAUUGACAGCGCCAGCAGCUUCCACGGUGACAGCUGUUCCAACGAUCGAAGAGAAACGGUCCGAGCAUCAUAAGAGCGAGAAAAAGAAAAAGAAGGAAAAGCACAAGCACAAAGACAAGGAAAAGAGUAAAGAGAAGCACAAGCAUAAGCACAAGGAUAAAGAUAAGGAGAAACAUCGUGAGAAGAAGGAUAAGGCAAAGAGCGAGGAGACGCCAGCGGCGGCGCCCAUCAAAAUUACGAUUCCAAAGGACAAAUUAAAUCUGGGCACGGAAGCAUCGCCGACCGUGGUCGGCGCAGGUACCGGCUUGUCAGACAAAAAUAUAUCGCCGGGCCUGAAAAUUAAGAUCCCCAAGGAACGGCUCAAGGGCACGGAUAGUGUGCCCAGUUCAUCGCCUGCGCAGCCAACAAUGGUACAGGGUCCGCUAAAAAUCAAGAUACGUACGGACGGCAUCUCGAGGAGUUCCGCGACGGCGCCGCCGCCGUCGACGUCAUCAUCGAACGGUUCGAGCGGAUUCUCGUACAUGCAGUUCUCCUCUGAAUCAUCCGCGAACGAUACGAGUCGGAAGCGUGAGCGACUAGAAAUGAUCGGCGACAGCUCGGGUAGCAGCGGUCUUCCGUCCACGAAGAAGCAGGUGCUGAUACCGGCGACGGGUUAUGGCCAGGGCCACCGACCCGGAGAACGGCAGAAUGGCAGACAUUAUAACUCCGGCAGCAAUAAUAAGGAACGACACGCAUCCAGCCAUCACAAAAGCUCGAGCAAACUACCGCAGUCUCAGCAGUCCCAUGUGACGUAGUAUGGCUUGGGUGACGAUUAAUGGACGUACUCUAAGGAUCAUCUUUUGACUCGAUCGAUUCAGCCUGGAUCCAGCGAUCCAGAUAAGAGAACGAGCGAUUUAUAUUUCAAAUAGCGAAAGUUCGAAUGGAUAGAUACCUCUGUAUCUAUAUGUUCUGAGACAUCAUUUUGAGAUACAUAAUAUUCGGAUAUGUUCUAGAGAUAUGUAUUCUAAGAAAUACUAGCGAUGAAUAUAUAUCAGGACAUACCUGAUUUAUCUCUAUGCCGUUUGCCUCGAUAAGGAUCAUUUCUUUGCUCGCUCGAUUUUCUUCCUCACUCUCGCCUUUCUCUCUCUCUCUCUCUCUCUCUCUCUCUAUCUCUCUCUCCUUUUUAUUUUAUUUUUUUUGGCGAUGAGUAAAAGUUUCCUAUAAUUGUCGCAUAAUAAGGCGUUUUGCAUUAGCCUUCGACGAAAACUGUCAUUACGGUGAAAUGCUUUGGAAUAGAAAAUGCAAAUAAGAGAGAGGAAAACAAUUCAGGUGAACAAUAAGAUGUGACACGUUCCUGGUUGCACAUGAUUUUUCACUCGUCUUUCUUCCAUGCACCCAGCGUACGUAAAGCAAUUGACUGUAAUUGAGUGACAAAUCCUUAAGCAGAGAUGAUCCUUGUUGACUUAUUGUAUAAGACGAAUGCGGAUCACGUUCCGCCGUGCGUAUCCUAAACGAAAAUUAACGGUAUACGACGAAAUGCGUGCAUUCGUGCAUUUAAUGCGAUUAUAACGACUUAACAACGAUGCUGAUAUGAUCUAACGUUCUGCUAUUUGCUAUGCGCGAGUUUUUGUUAUAGAGUAUUACAGACGAAUCCCACGUCUCGAAGUUAUUUUUACUUCAUCUUAUAUCAGUAUAUCUACAUCCCUCUUUAUAUUUCAAGCGAUUGAUAAUUGAUAGCAUCUUAAUAAUUGAUAAUUUCUCAUGAAGAAGAAAAUUAAAUUUGACUGUAUUUGUUAGACUAAAGGGAAUAUCGAACAAGUAUUCCUUUAAUAAUUACUUGCGCAAAUAACGAGACGUUAAAUCGGAAAAAGACGUUUAAUACACUACUUAGCGAAUAGCAUGAGGGUGAGAUCUUGGUUGUAAAAUGUUACGGGCAAAAGAGAGAAAAAACGUAGAAAAGAGAGAGGAAACUGCGAAGAAACUUCGUUAAGGAUAAAGUCCUGAAAACUAAAGAAAAAAAAAGUUCUUUCUUCGCACCAUUUCGUCGCCUUAGUAAUUUCAUAUUUUAUCCCGUCGUUCUUCGUUCGCAAGAACUUGAAUAUUCAUUGCCGAAUAUUCUUGGCCCAUAAAUUGACCGUCAGCAGAGCAGGUUGGUUUGUUGCAGAGGAAUAUUUGGCAAAUUCUGGACUUUAAUUUAAGUAGCUGCAUCCAAUAUCAAUCUUAAAUAGAUUAUUAAGCAACAGCCCGAUUGUGCGAAUCGGAUUUGAUUUCGGAUUUGAUUUCAGAUCACUCGUCAUUCGGGAUAGAUAGAUGAAAUUUUUUUUUUAUUUGUAACAUAUUGGGAUUAUCGUAGCGAACUACUUUUAGAUUUUUUAGGUAAAAUAGGGCUAUUAUGUUACUACAAUUAAGAAUCGUCUACGGACUUAGAAUACGUUAUGCAUUUAACAAUGCCUUAUUUCCGGCUGUGUUUUAAUUGAUAUUUUCUCUUUCGUUUCUUUUCACGCGCAUCUAAAGAUGCGACUCCCCGAGUAGAGAAAUGAGAUGUCUAUUCAUAUUUCCUCACGAUGACUCAAACGUUUCUCAAAACCUCCGAUUCCGAUAAUUCACCCCAUCGAAAGUCAAUGUCACCGCUUUAUCUUGUUACGAUUGUUCCACGAGAUAAAUUCACGACCGAAUAUCUCUACAACGAAACGAUCGAUUCAAAUUAAUAAGAUACAAAGAGACGCAUACGCGACACACAUACACACACGCAUUCACUCACAACCACACUCACACGUAAACACAUACAGUAAAAUACCUGCUCGACGAUACCCGAUGGUAUUUAUCAUAUUAUUCUGUAAAUAGUCCCCUACCUGCAUAAUAUAUAGUAAGUAAAUAUAAUAUGCUCUAUCGCGUAACUUAGUAUAAAGAACUAUGAGUAAUAUUGAUAUUAUAUCAACAGACUGUAAAUAAGAUUAUUUUGUAAUGCCAAAAGAAACCAAAUAAGAAUGAACUAACUUCGAUGCACGAUCUUAUGCAUAAUUAAAUGCGUAUAAGACACGCGUGUAACGCAUCUACACACACAAAACACACACACACAAAAACCACAUAGACACAAAACACAAACGCGUGCGCGCAUCGGAUGCCUCUCUAAGACGUAUAAUUGCGCGCAAUCACCCGUGUGAAAUUUAAAAUACAUGCACAACGUUACGCGCCGAUUAGAAUUGUACUUUGUUCAGCGAUACACGACGCCGUGUAGCAUUGCUGUGUUCGCUCGACCCACGAUCGUCCCAAUCAUAUUUUUGUUUUUCUUUUUUUCUUUUUAUAUAAAUAACGAUCAACUUAAGUUAAGCCUAAGUUAAGUGUCAAUUAUGUUAAGAGUAGUUAAGUAUGAAUUACGAAUCGCGAAGUUUGUAUCCGCGUCCAACGAUAAACGGAAUAAGAGAAGAAUGAGAAAGAGAUUAGAAGUGUCGCGUCUCUCGUUACGCAUAGCCAGCAUUUAAUUAACGAAAUUUAUACUAAAGAAAGACUAAGAGAAAGAGAGAGAGAGAGAAAGAGAGGGGCGCACAAGCGUUGGAUGAAUUAGCGGUAGAUUUACGGUGUUGUUUUUAGGAUAUUCGUCGCUCUAAUGUGAAAUCGACAUUGAUGUACGCGCAAUAGCACGUCUUGUUCCUCCGUUUCUUUUUUUUUAUCGUGCGUGUGUUGACGUUGCACAUUGUAUACACAGAGUGCGUAUAACAAAUCUAACGACGAUCGUACGAUGUGAUCACUCGCGGAGAUCACAUUAUAGUAUUGUUGCGACAAUGUUUUUUUCGACGUUAUGUGUUUAUUCGAUUAAACUACGAUCUAGUUGUUCGGCGCGAUAAAAUUACGAUGUCGCACGUCUCUCACGAUACCGCAGGAAUAUUUUUUAUUCUUAUUGUAGAAGAGAGAGAGAGAGAGAGAGAGCGAGAGCGAGGCGACAUGUCGUAUUUCGUCGCGUCGAUGUGCAUUUUGGCGUAAUUACGAAGUCUCGUAGCCGAGAAAAGAAGAGAUUGAAAGAAGAAGAAAGAGAAAGAGAGAGAAAAGAAGAAAAGACAAAGCUAAAUUUCGUUAACAGUCUUCUUUCGUUAAGAGCGCUUUCCGUUCAUUUCUCGGCUGCGCGGCGUAGGCGCUUAUCGCUAAUUCAUUUCGCCGACACAAGUAAUUAGCACAAUUACAUUGCGAGGGACAAUGAGAGCCAUUGAGUGGAGCAACUUCAACAUCAGUGAAAACCAUAUUCUUUUUGAUGUAUUUACAAUCUCGCGCUAUUGUGUAUAAAAAGUAGUGUAUGUAAUCAAGUGAUUAUCCCGAUGGGAGUUUUUUCAGAUUCUAUUUGUUACAGAAAUUGCAAACAAACAACUGCGUCUCUUACGUCAAGUGCAUUUCUGUGCAAUCUUUCUUUGCUUCAAAAUUGAGGGAAGGAAAAUGCCUUUUUUUUUUGGAAAUAUUUUCAAUCGAUGUUAAUUAGUGUGUAUCUAAUCGAUCGGCAUCUACGUGCUCCUCUCAAUGGCUCUCGUUCAAAAUCGUAAAAGUAACGUCCGAGAACGAUCGUCGUCAGGGGAAAAGGGAAGUAAAAAACUGCGCGUCGUUGUUACGAUUAUUAAAUUGCGGAUGUGUGCGAUGCGACGAGUAAGCCCGUGUGUGCUCUUGGAGGAACGGACGACUAGUGAAAGUCGACGGGAAAACUCACUGUAAAUAACUAGCUGUAAGGAUUUAGAGAAAUAACAGCCAAUGUUUGCACGGUGAAAGAGGAAUGAAAGAAUGUAAACUAUUGCUCGUGUAAGUUUGCGAGUCCCAAGCAGCAGAAAUGAUCAGUUUAUAAACGUCGAUUCGAUUUUAUCUAUAGACAUCUAUUCGAUAAUUUUUCCCUGACGUCGUUAUCGAAUCCAAUGUUUAUAAACCGAUCAUUUCUUCCUGGGGUGUCUCCCGAUCGCACCGGAAAUAACUUCUCCCGCCGUGCUUGGAUGCUGUGUUCUUUGAGGUCGUUUGCCUGUUAUCGCAGCGAGGAGCGUGACUUUCAGAUUCGCGUCAAACGCCCAACCGCGUGUCGCCGUAUUCGAAAUAUGAGAUAAAGUUUAUUUCGGAACAUGAGACGCGCACAUAUUCCUGCGCUAAUAAAAAAGUGCCACAAAUGAGCAUUUUUGAGAUAAUGAAAAACUAAAGAUUUUAUAAAUAUUUCCUUUCAUUGUCGCUAAUGUGCUCAUUUUUGUCACUUCAAUCGCGAUACACUGAUUCGUGUCGAUGAGUCUGAUUCUUUUGGAGUGCGGUGCACCGGUGAAAAUUAGGAUUGGAAUGAUUCGAAUGUAAUGUGCGUUUUCUAUAGAAAUUACACUUCUCUCACUUUUUGUUACAUUGAACUAACGUUCCGAUCCUUAUUUUCGGGCUUGAGGAGAUAAGUCGUUUUGUGGCGCGAAAGGAUAUAGUUCGUGAAUUCUCCUGCGGCAGCAAUCACAAACGAAGGCACUCAAACUCGAGACUCAACCCUGCCCUAAACGACGGGGCCGCUAUUCCGGUUCGUAAUCUUUUUCUUUAUUUUCUAUCUGGUAUUUUUUCCUUUUCUUUUUAUUUAUCCGAGAUCUAUUCAUCCAUCUCGUCUGUCCAACGAAUCGGGCGCGGGGCGCCGAAGUACACCCACGGUGCGAAUCGGGGACCUGGCUGAACCGAGUCGAGUUUGCCUAGCUUAAGACAGCAUUCGAAAAGUUAUCCUCAAUAAAAGAGAGAAGCAAACGAUCAUUAAAA